AUGCGCGACGAUUCGAGACUGAUCAUUAUCAGUCUCAUCAUUGCUGGAGUGAAGCGACCACUUCGAGCGUUGUUGGAUUUGGGUGCAUCCAACAACUUCUUUCGAGCAUCAUGUUUGUCCCUUCUUCCGUCUAAGAUUACGGUUCGAGAAGGUCCACGUGACAUCGUUGUCAAACUUGCUGAUGGACAACCGCAGCGUGUCCCGCGUAAAACAGUGGUUUUGCCGUACACGUUCGACGGCUUCCAAAGUAAUGACGAAUUUUUGGUGUACGAGAUGAAUUAUGCAUUCGAUUGCAUCUUAGGGAUACCGUGGCUGUCACGAUAUCAGCCGUCGAUAGACUGGCUAUCUCGGUCCGUCAAACGACGAAGCGGUUACGACGUAAGUGAAGUUUUCACUCAUCUGUUGGUAGCGCCAUCCGAUUGGCCUCACGUCAGGGUCGUGAACGAACUCGCCACGACUAGAAGUCAGCACAGAGAGAGCGAUGGCCCUCUGUGUCCGGUAUGUUCAGUCACACUGAUAGAACCACAACACGAGGCGGUCGAACAGAGGUUCCCGCAAACCCAGACACCGGUCGAGCAGGGUCUCCCGAUUCACAACGAGACGGUCGAACAGAGGUUCCCGCACACACAGACAUCGGUCGAGCAGGGGCUCCCGAUUCACAACGAGGCGGUCGAACAGGGGUUCCCGCACACACGGACAUCGGUCGAGCAGGGGCUCCCGAUUCACAACGAGGCGCUCAAACAGAGGUUCCCGCACACACGGACGUCGGUCGAGCAGGGGCUCCCGAUUCACAACGAGGCGGUCGAACAGGGGUUCCCGCACACACGGAAUUCGGUCGAGCAGGGGUUCCCGAGUUCUAGCGAGGCGGUCGAGCAAGGGCUCCCGCAUACACACACAACGGCCGAGCAGAGGCUCCCGAUUGUAACCGAGGUGGUCGAGCAGAGGCUCCCACAUACAUCUGAGGCGGUCGACGACGAGCUCCCGCCUCUUAUCGACGAGAAUGAACGGGCUGUGGACUUAAAUGUGAACGACGUGGUGGAGACAGAGCUCCCACGUCUAGCGGGGGGUACUACAUCCUCCAGCGACAGCGACGUUCCAGCCUCGAGCAGUGGCUCAAGACGCAAGAGAAAGCGUAAACGCAAGAAAGGUGCACACCGAUUACCAAGACGACGAAAUUCUCGCUCAAGCGCCGUUGACGAUGAUACUGUAUUGACGGAAUCCGUUUGUGCACUUGAAUAUGUGGAAGGGUCUUCACAUCGUGGCCGCUACGUUGAGGUAGCGAGCCCUCCGUGCACUGUUGCAGAGAUCACAUCUCUAUUAACCCUACCAUGGAAAGAUUUUCUUCACGACCUCAAGGCCGGCGACAUCGAGCAAGUGUGCAUCAUAUCAGCCGCCGAAGCAGCUAGUGGAGAAGUUCUGGAGGCUCGCCCAAAGAGCGCUGAGCCCAAAUCAGCGCACGAAGAACGUUUCGUGGCACAGUCUUGGGAAGCCCUUCCUGCUUUGGGCAACCCUGUCUAUGAUAUCGCGCGUGAGUAUGCCGACAUCUUUCCGGAGAAUAUCCCCGCUGAGCUUCCAGCGGAUCGUGGUGUGCGACACGAGAUCUGUAACGGGGCACCCUGA